GAGUGCAGCCUGUCCAUGAGGAGCGUCGCCCACGCAGCCAUCUUCCAGACCCUGUGCAUCACACCAGACACUCUGGCGUUCAACACCAGCGGGAACGUGUGCUUCAUGGAGCAGCUCAGCGAUGACCCCGAGGGCGCCUUUGUGCCCCCCGAGUUCGAUGUGACCGGGAACACCUUCGAGGCUCACAUCUACUCUCUGGGGGCCACGCUGAAGGCAGCCCUUGAGUACGUGACUGAGCCCGAGCCGGAGCCCAGGCUGAGCCAAGACCUGGAGGCGUUGCUGAGCCAGAUGCAGGCGGAAGACCCUAGGGACCGGCCUGACCUUGAGAGCAUUAUAGCAUUGUGUGAAGAGAAGAUGCUCUUCACGUCCUCCUGCCGUCUGUGCCGGAGCCUCUCGGCCAUCGGGAGGAGGGUGCUCUCCAUUGAGUCCUUUGGAGCAUUUCAAGAUGUCACCGAGAGCAGCUGGAGCGGGAGACCUGCUGCAGGAAGCCUGGGGCCCAGGAAACAGCCGGGGGGCCGCGCUGCAGACCCAGAGGGCCUGCCCCAGCGCCCUGCCCCUGAAGCCCACGGCAGCCCGGAGCAGUCUGCUGCUCUGCCCUCCAAGGCCCUGCUGUCAGUCCCUGUGAGAAACGGAGAGCGGCUGGCCAGCCUCAUCCUGGACACCCAGCACCCCCUGGGUGACCUGGAGAGGAGCCGCCUGAGGAAGGUGCAGACAUUCCCCAGGCUCCUGCCCGACGGCCCUGAGGCCGGCACCCUCUGCCUGACGCUGACCCCCACCAAAAACCAGCCACCCAAGUCUGAAGUCUUCCCUCCAGACCCCAGGGAAGCCUUUCUAGAUGGGAAAAAUGGCCUUUCCAGCUACAAGUCACAGCCCAAGUCCAGACUGUGGCCAGAGCGGGAGCCCGAGCUCCAGCAGAGAGGACCUGGAGAUGCCAGCCGAAGCGGGGACAGGGUAUCUGGGGCACUGGGCUGGAGCCCUGUGGAGGAAAGCACCCCAUCCCGCUCCAAGGACCCCGGAGAUGCAGGCCCAGAGCCCAGGACUUCCAGGGCUGAUGAGGGGACUCCCGACAGAGCUGGGGAGCCGGCUAGUGCAGCAGGAGAGCAGGGCGUCUCCCUGCAGGAGCUCCUGUACCAGCUGGGCCGGCCCUUCAAGGAGUAUGAGCUCUGGGCUCUGUCCCACGCGUGUCUCACCGCUCUGCGCACUCACAGCGAGCACCCAGCCUACCUGUGCCUGGACUCUGUGCUGGUGGCCAAGGAUGGGGCCGUGCUCUUCAGCCCACCCCCUGCCAAUGGCACGUACGACACAUUUUUUCUGGCUCCUGAGGUUGCAGAGCAAGAACUGGUGACUGAGAAGGCCUCCGUGUACUGUGUGGCUGCAGUCCUGUGGACAGCAGCCAAGUUCAGCGUCCCCCGAGACCACAAGCUGGCCCUGCCACGCAGGCUCAAGACCCUCCUCUUGGACAUGGCCAGACGCAGUGCCCAGGAGCGGCCAUGCACAGCUGAGGCCAUCAAGAUAUGCAGCACUUACCUCCUACAGCGGGGCAUGGACAGCAGAAAGAUUUUAGCUCACCUGAGGGCAUCCACCUAUAAGGUUGACCAGGAGGAAGAGACGAUCAGCCUCCAGAAUGCUCUCUCGGUGGUGGAACUGAACCCCAGCACCCCCAGGCCCAGCUCAGGUUUUGUUCGGGUCGGCGGCGACACCAGGCUGGUGGUGGUGCAGGGGCCUGGGCCCUCUCAACCCCCCUGCCGCGAAGGGGCCACGGUGCUGCCGGCCGCCUUCACCGCCACGGCCACACACUUCCAGCCCAUCGUGCUGGUCCCAGAUGCAGGUGAUGCCAGGAGCACCCCCACCCCAGAGCUGGCAGGGUCCCUGAGCCACCCCCGAGUGCUCCCUCCUUCUCUCUGUGCUCUCAGGGACGGGGAGGGCGAUGGGAAGCAGGCUCCCGAGGCCCAUGGAGCCACCACCAGCCAGAAGAUUCCUGACCGGCCAGUACCUGCUGCUGGACCACAGGAAGCAGCCCCAGAACCGCUCAGGGAGUCAGUGCCGAGAGACACGGCCCAGGGGAUCCCCUGUGUCCCAUCCCCUGGCCCGGAGGGGGCUUCACCAGCGAUGCCCGAGUCUUCUACGGCUGCCCCACUCCUGAAGGCACAGGCACCUCCCAUGGAGCAAGGGCCAGACCAACCAGUCCCACCUGGAACCCCAGCAUCCAGUGCAGUCCGCCACGACCCGAGUCACCCAGCCAAGCCACCCAGGAGCAAGGCCACCAAGGGCGCAGGCCGGGAGCCUCGGGGUCCCUCAUCAGCUCCGAGGGACCCCUCCCUGGCCAAGGCGAGUCCAGACAGACCCAAAGGCACCUCUGUCCCAGAGCAGGAUGGCCUGGCCCCAGACAGUCACCCCGAGCGGCCCCUGCCAGCAGACCACAAGCUCUGUCUGUCCGGUGUGGACACCUCGGCCCUCCCAAAGAGGACAGCCUGCCCGUCGCUGCAGGAGGCCAUGCGCCUCAUCCAGGAGGAGUUUGCCUUCGACGGCUACUUGGACAACGGGCUGGAGGCUCUGAUCAUGGGGGAAUAUAUUUACGCCUUGAAAGACCUCACCUACGCCACUUUCUGUGGGGCCAUAUCGGAGAAGUUCUGUGACCUCUACUGGGGGGAGAAGUUGCUGCAGAGUCUUUUCAAAGUGGUGAAUGGGAGGAUGUCCCCCUCCGAGAAUGCUUCGGAGGAGGCUGGGUCACAGCCCGAGGGCAGCACGGCCAGCACUCCAAGUGGCUGCUCACUGUCCAGCAAAAGGCCAUCGCUGCAUGGAGCAGGGAAGGAGAAACUGACCACCGUGCGCGUCAGCCGAGCCCCCUGCCCGUCCCCGGCGCUGUCCGAUGUGGACGCGGACGAGCUCUCACAGGGUAACUUUGAGGUGGGAUUCCGGCCUCAGAAGUCGGUCAGAGGCGAGCAGGAACAGCAGCAGGAGGCCGGAGAGCACGGGCAGCAGGGAGGGGGCCCGGGGCCCGAGGCAGUGGCCCGGCUGGCCAGGCCCAAGGAGGGGGCCCCGGCUGCGCACUCAGGCCCGGCUGAGCUCCAGAGCUGCAGCCCCGGCUGGUGCAGCGCCUUCUACGAGGCGGACUGCUUCGGCGCCGAUGUCUCCAGCUACGUGAAGGAGCUGGUGAGGCAGAGAACCGGCGGGGCCACCGACGUGGACGCCCAGAGCCCGGAGCUAGAGCAGCAGCUCCUGAUAGAGAAGAGGAACUACCGGAAGACGGUGAAGUUCUACCAGAAGCUCCUGCAGAAGGAGAAGCGCAGUAAAGGCUCCGAGGUGAAGACCAUGUUGUCCAAACUGAGAGGGCAGCUGGAAGAAAUGAAGUGCAAAGUGCAGUUCCUGGGACUGGUCAAGAAGUACCUGCAGGUCAUGUACGCGGAGCGGUGGGGCCUGGAGCCCUGCGCCCUGCCCGUGAUCGUGAACAUCUCCGCGGCCCACUGCGACACGCUGGAUUUCAGCCCCCUGGAUGAGUCCUCGUCCCUCAUCUUCUACAACGUCAGCAAGCACCCGCGUGGCGGCAAGCAGAGGAAGGCCCGCGUCCUGCAGGCGGGCACGCCUCUGGGGCUCAUGGCAUACCUCUACUCCAGGCACGGGGCCUAG